GCAUUGAGAUGGGCUGAGAAGCAGGAAAAGCUUCACUCACUGCUGGUGGCUCUGAUAAAACUUACUCAACUCUGCUGCCCUGGCAAGUGCCGCUCGGGUUAAACAGCUCUGGGCUGCUGGGGCUGUGGCUAGACUCUGGCUAUGGACUGGGAUCCCAGCCCUUCCAACCAGAAGGAGCUGCAGGCCCCUCAGCAGUCCAUUCCUGAGUGCCCCAUCUGCUAUGGCCCCUACGACAACAUCUUCCAGAGGCCCCUGCUCCUCCCUUGCGCUCACACCUUCUGCCUGGAAUGCCUGUCGAGGAUCUGUGUCUUCGUGAAACAAGCCCAGACCUUCCCCUGCCCUCUCUGCAGAGCACAAGUGCAUGUCCCCGACGGAGGGAUCCCCAAACUCCCGCCCAAUAUGGAUGUUGUGACCCAGUUCCCUCCAUGGCUGCAGACACUGCAGGAGGUCUGGCUAGAUGGACACAGACUGUGCUGGAUCAAACAGCCGUCUUUGUCCUGUCAAGUGAGUGCUGGUGAAGAAGCCCUUGAGAUGCUGGUUACAGUGGAGUUAUUAUACAACCCAGCCCCUUGGGACGUCAGUAGAAGAGAUCUGAUAGGUAUCCACCAUCCCUCCCGCUUGUCCAUGUGCAGGGGGCUAUGCCAGCUCCUAUGGGAGCGUCGCCUGGCUGUGUUCUGGAUUGCUAUCCUGCUGCUGGUAUUGAUCGUUUUACCCAUCAUUUUUAUACCUGAUUCCCACAUGACCAGGACUCCAGAAGGUCAGCACCAGGUGGGGACCUUUCCGACAGCCGAUGCUCCAAGCAGCAGUCUGAGCAGGUCACAGAGCUUCUAGCAACUUGCCAUCCUCUGCUUGUGUGUAACACAGUGCACCUACUGCUUUACUUCACUUGCCCAGGAGAGCCAGAGGGGGGCCGAUGGAUAGCUUGGUGAUGGGGAGCUGCUGGGGCUGGACCAUAACUUUUGCCCCAGCCUCGAGAGGCCUGGCCUCAGCUGCUGUGUUGUUCUGAAGCUGCUCGGGCCCAGCUUGGGAAGGUUUCCAAGGCCAAAGACAAAUUCAGGCCUCACGUCAAUCAGCCUGAUGCUAAUGAAGCCAGCGGAGUUGCACUUGCUUAUACUGGGGCUGAGCUUGGCUCCAAACGUGUUUCUGCACUGUGAUAACUGUCGCCCCUUUGCCUUGGUACAUGCAGAUCAGCUCAAGUCCAGGGGAAGAGACACAGUCCAGGAAUGUUUAACAUUGAGGGACGGAAUGGAGAGGUAAAUACACUCGGCAUAAAGUGCCCUUUGCAGCAGCCAAAUGCAACAGAUGCAGACUGUCAUUGGAGGGCACAGAGGGUGAUGCCACCCAGCUGCCCGGUCCCUGAG